GCUUUCUUCAUGUCAUAUUUCUGACAUUUUAUUCUUUGAUAUUUUAGAGGAAAAGCCGUACAGUCAUGAAUAUCGCAUUUUUAAGUACCGUUGGAUUAUUAUUCAUUGUAAGUUUACAAACUGCUAAAGGCUGUGACAAAACGCCGCGUCGUUUUUCGGACUGUUCAACUUCAACCUCGUCUGAGUGGUGUUAUUGGGAGAGGGAGAGGAGGAAAAGGUAUCCGAGAGAUUGGGAUGGUUUGUAUUAUAGUGUCGAUAUAAAAGAUAAUCCCUGUCUGUUUGGUACAUACGAUCAUAAUCACGAUGGCACCAUCGUCAAAGAUGAAAUGUAUGCUGUCCUAGGAAACACAGAGAAAAGUAAUGGUCUAUUCAAGGACAUGGAUAAACUGCCAACUAAUGGUGGAAUAGAUGAAGAAGAAUUCAUCGCAAUGUCGAACAUGAUCAUCAAAGAAUGUGUUGAAUUUAAUGAAUAGAUAGAAAGCACCGUUACAGAAUUUCUGCCCUGGACAAAGACAUGGACAAAGAUAAACGUCAUGCAAUCUUGAUAGGAUGACAGAAAUAUCAAUUGCUUCAUAUAUACAAUUAUAAUACUUACACUUCAAAGUUUGAGCAAAAGAAGUAACCAAUAAAUGUGACUUUGCAUCUUCAGAUUAAAUAUCUUUGAAAACUAUCAUCUUUGUAAUAAAUAAAAAAUAAAAUAAGUUCUUUCCCAUUCCAAUGAUUCAUAAUUGAUGUAGCUUUCUAUA